CCUUGAUCGUUGGAAUGGAGGGGGGUCCCUCACUGACACUGCCCAAUGUGGUUCCAAUGGUGGUAGGUUUGGGAUUGUGAGUUUAGUUUUAUUUUUUUGUGAUCAUUUUCGGUCCAAUUAGUUACGAGGACGUAAUUAUAUAGAAAUUUUGUAAAUCUAUGACCUAUUAUUUAUUAUAGUUUUUCGUUUGGAACUCGCAUUUUAAUCUGAUACUAAAAAAUUAACUUUAAUUUCUAAUUUGAUAACAUAAACAUUCUUGAGAUGGAACAAGGAGGACAUCAGCUCGGCCGCAGUCCUGUGCCUGGCAUCAUCGAGUCAACACCUCUCUCUAGUCAUGGAUGUGCUUCUUCGGAUCCACAGGCACUUCAAUAAUACUACAGUCCCGAUAGGUGACGAGGUUCAAGCAGCGAAGGCCGCCGAUAGUGAUAUGUUUAGCCUUACAGACAUAAUAUUAGUCAUAUUCCUGAUUGGAAUCACAGUAUGGUGGUGGUUUUACAGAAACAAGAAGGAUGCUUCCUUGAAAGACAAAUCCUAUGCCAUACAGCCCAUGGUAAUGACCUCAACCCCACAAGUCACUGACAAUUCUUUUAUUAAGAAACUUAAAUCAAGUGGACGUAGCCUAAUUGUAUUUUAUGGAAGUCAGACCGGAACAGGGGAGGAGUUUGCCGGUAGAAUUGCCAAAGAAGGAAUCAGGUACCAACUAAAAGGAAUGGUUGCUGACCCUGAGGAGUAUGACAUGGAAGAAUUAACUCAACUGAAAAACAUCUCUAACUCUCUUGCUGUUUUUUGCAUGGCAACUUAUGGUGAAGGAGAUCCUACUGACAAUGCUAUGGAGUUCGUUGAAUGGCUACAAAAUGGAGAGGCUGAUUUAACUGGUCUAAAUUACACUAUUUUCGGACUAGGAAAUAAAACUUAUGAACAUUACAACGAAGUGGCCAUAUACAUUGACAAGAGGUUGGAGGAGCUUGGUGCAACACGAGUCUACCAGCUUGGUCUUGGAGAUGACGAUGCAAAUAUUGAAGAUGACUUCAUCACCUGGAAAGAUGGCUUAUGGCCAACAGUCUGUGAGUUUUUCAACAUUGAAGCCUCUGGUGAGGAAUUUAAUAUGAGGCAAUACAGAGUGACUGAGCAUGACAAGGAUGCACUUCCAGACCGUAUCUACUCCGGAGAAAUAGCCAGGAUAUUUUCAUAUAAAAAUCAGAAGCCACCAUAUGACAUGAAGAAUCCAUUCCUCACUCCAGUCAGGGUUAACAGAGAACUUCAUAAGGGUGGGGGUAGGUCCUGUAUGCACAUUGAAUUUGAUUUAGAAGGAUCAAAACUCAGAUAUGACAGCGGCGAUCAUGCUGCAGUAUAUCCUGAAAACCGAGUAGAAUUAGUAAAUAGGAUAGGAGAGUUACUGGAAGUAGAUCUUGAUACGGUGUUUACCCUCACAAAUACUGAUGAGGAUUCCAGUAAACGUCAUCCUUUCCCUUGCCCUACCUCAUACAGAACAGCUCUGACAUACUAUGUAGAUAUAUCUGGCAAGCCAAGAACUCACGUACUAAAAGAAUUGGCUGAAUACGCAUCAGAUCCUCAGGAAGCAGCACAGUUGAAAAUGAUGGCUAGCACAUCUCCUGAAGGGAAAAAACUUUACAACCAAUGGAUUGUCGAGGAUAACAGGAGCAUUGUCCAUGUUCUUGAAGAUAUGAAGUCAGUGAAACCAAAGAUUGACCAUCUUUGCGAACUUCUCCCUCGUUUACAAUGUAGAUACUAUUCGAUAUCAUCUUCCGGAAAGUUAUUCCCGAACCGUGUACAUAUCACUGCUGUUCGUGUUGAAUAUGACACUCCUACAAACCGUCAUGUCCAUGGUGUUGCUACGUCAUGGCUGGCUGAGAAGAUUCCAAAGGGAGAUGGAAGUGAAGAUCCAGUUGUACCGUUAUUUAUUAGGAAGUCCCAAUUUAAAUUGCCCACAAAGACACAAACUCCUAUAAUUAUGAUCGGACCUGGUACCGGUCUUGCUCCCUUCCGAGGAUUCAUCCAAGAGAGAGAUAUGGCCAGGAAAGAAGGAAAGCCAGUUGGAGAGACUAUAUUAUAUUUUGGAUGUAGAAGGAAGUCUGAAGAUUUUAUCUAUGAAGAAGAGCUUAAUGAGUUUGUUAAGAACGGAUCCUUGAAGAUGUAUGCAGCCUUUUCUCGUGAUCAGCCAGAAAAAAUCUAUGUUACACAUCUAUUGUCUAAAAAUGCAGAUGAAAUAUGGAAUGUGAUCGGUUUAAAUAAUGGACAUUUUUACAUCUGUGGAGAUGCUCGUUCGAUGGCUAAGGACGUUCAAGCUAUUCUACUUAAAGUCAUUCAAGAAAAGGGCAACAUGAGUGAAAAAGAAGCACAAACAUUUUUCAAAAAAAUGGAAAGCCAGAAGAGAUACUCUGCCGACGUUUGGAGUUAGAGAGCUUUCCAUCAUCACUCUAUUCCUUCAAUUGGCCCCAUUGGUGGCCAGAACCUAUAUUUUAUGUUGUAUAUUGAACACACUAAACAAAAAUUUUAUUUUGUUGUUUAUGUUGUUUUAUUUAUAAAUUUUAUGUUUAGUUGAAAAAAUAUAUAUAAAUAUCCUUGAUGAUUUUAAAACUUUUAUUGUUCAAAAAUAUAAAUAAGGAAUUUAGUUAAUUUAUUUUGGAAUCGUGCAUUAUUGAAAGUUCUCAAAAAUUAUGUUUUAUGUGAUACCCUUUAAAAUAAUCAUUACCGAUUUUAUUUAGUAAUAUAUUUAGUACAAUAUAUUAAUGUUUGUUAAUAGAGUGUAUUUUUAGUUUCAUAAAUAUUAUCAGUUGUGAAGAGUUAGGCUUCAGUGCAUGAAUGAGUAUGGUAAAAUUCAUGAUAAUUGUUACCAUCCACCCCACUUGAAAGGGUCUGUAAAAAAUAUAUUUAAAUGAUGCCCCUCUUCUGUCUUUGAUGGACAACUGUAACUAAGUACAAUCUGCCGUAUUCACAAACAUCAUCAAAGCAUAAAUAUGCAUAUUAUAAUUGUGAUCAUUUUUAUUUGUGCCUUUGACAAAUUUUAUAUUUAUAAAUUGUAUAAAUGUAAGAAUUUUAAAGUGAAGAGAAUAAAUAAUUUUUGUUAAAAAGUGUUUUUUUUUUUAUUUUGGAAUUCCAGAGUGUGCAUUAACCCUUUAUAAGACCUUAUGACAUAUUUUUCCCACUUCAGAAGCAGUAUUAGGAAACCAUAGUUCGCUCAUUUAGAACUAUUAGACCAAGGAAAAAAAAAAAGAGAUUUUACCAGCACCUAGUCCAUUUGUUUGUUGC